AUGGAGGUAGACAUACCUGACGAUCCUGACGACCUAGACCAAGUGAUGAUGAAGGCCAUGGGGUUCUCAUCCUUCAAGAGCACGCAAAACACUAAAGUCCCUGGGAACAACGUCUCCGGUGUUCGAAAAGAGAAGAAGACACAGUACAGACAGUACAUGAACCGUGUGGGAGGAUUCAACAAGCCGCUGAGUCCAACUCGAUAA